AUGCUGAUUUGGACGCGCAGACUUCUAUCUAUAUUCAGUGUGGCUACGUUGACGCUCGAUCCACCGUCGCCAUUCGAUUACCCUGGAGCUCCUUUUUCAAUAGGGUACCUUGAGCAUCAACGCUCUCUAAGCUUGUUCCGUGGCUUACGAGGCGUCGCUCAGCGGCAUUUGGGCAAGAAGGUGGAGUGUGGGAGGAAGGAGGCUCGCUCAUGUACGGAUUCCGAGGACGAGGCUCGCAUAGAGGUCCAGGAUUACAUGUCGCAGAGAAACCCUGCGUCAGGUCCUUACUCGAAUGCUCCCGGUCGAGAUUCACAAUCUCUUCCUCCUCUGUCGCCUUCAUUGUCGCGGCCCCAAAGCUCUCACAAUGUGCUACCAGAAUCACCCUACACGAGUCAGCCUCAGGCUGGUCCCUCAAAGACGACACUUCCUCCAUUGGGCGCGGUCACCUCUACCAAUCGACUACCGCCCUUGUUGACCGAUCCAUCCCCGUCAAGGCCGUUCGGCAUGCAAAAUAUCCUCAAUCCUUCGCACAAUGAUGAACAGACUCGCUCACAGAUGGAGCCACCUGCAACCUCUGGUCGGCCAUCUUCCCCUACGCAGUCUACUGCGGCGCCUUCCUUGCCACAGAUUGCGAAGCGCUCCACGCAAAUCUCACCAAAGGCUGAACAAACACGCGCAUCUAGUAGCCGGGUAGAAAGGCGAAUCUUGACGCCGAGGUCACCAGGUUUGAGGACUUUAAGCUUGGGAGGUCGACGAAGCAUAGCUAUGGAUCUUUUCGGCACAUCACAAUCACCCAUGACGAGAGGCGACAGCCGGACGUAUACAACCGAGGCCGAACAGGGCAGAACUUCAGAACUCCCACAGCUGCCUCCUCCGACUCCUGUGGGACGUUCAUCGAAUGUGUAUCCAUCUCUGGCCGAAUCUGCUCCUGGUCAGCCCGGAAGGCCUAGCACUGGAAAAAUUCCCUUUGCGCCAUCCGCAAUUCAAGCGCAGGGAGAAAGUCCUAGCACUUCGCAUUCUUCUUAUAGUCACUUCAGUCAGUCAUCGCCCAUUCUUAGAUACGGUCCUCCCGCUCAACAUCCUUCAUCCGCGCAGUCUGGAUCUACUAGGCCAUCGGUCACAUUGCCAGCUGGGCAAUCGGCAACUAAUUUAGGAGAAGGACAGUAUGACAUGUCCAAGGGUUCUUAUGGAAUUUCGAUUCCCACCGAAGGAGGCCAGAUGCUGCUGCCCGUCGAGUUGGACGUUGAGCAAGCAUCCAAAACGGCAAAUGAGAAGAGAAAGCGCAACGCUGGUGCUUCGGCGCGUUUCAGGCAAAGGAGGAAAGAGAAAGAGCGAGAAGCAUCACAGACCAUAUCAAGCUUGGAAAGAAACCUGAGAGCUUUGGAAGAUGAACGGAACCAUUACCGUUCUGAGCGAGAUUUUUUCCGCGAGCUAUGCACGAGACAGCUAGGGCCGGGACAAAUGCCACAGCGUCCACUGACACCGCGUGCGCCACCGGCAUCACGCACAUCACUCGGGGACACUCCUCCACAAUGGCAAGAUAUAUCAAGAGAAACAAGCGAACCGCUUCCACGUAACCUUCGUCGCAGGACCGGCAGCUACCCCACAACCUUUCCUGCCCCCCUUGCCACAUCACCAAUGCUACCACUGCAGCCACACUCCUAUGGAUACGGUCCUCAGGCCCCAGCACCUAUACUUCAGAACACGUUCCCUCCUAUAAGACCUUCUGGAGCUCCGUCUUACCCACCCCAACUGGCUCCUUCCCCUCACUCUCAGAGCACAAUCCCUCCUACAAGACCUCCUGGAGCUGCAGCUUUUCCUCCGCAAUCUUCCUUUCCACCUCAACCACCACCGCUCCCUCAGCCGCCGUCCUCUCAUGAUCCGUUCCGCCGGGACAUCUACAGCAGGAGCUGGAAUCCUGGUCCUUGA